CGCCAGACCGCGUCGAUUUGAAUUUGGAGCCUCGUUCACUUGCGCGGAACGUAGAGCGAGGAGUUAGCGUUCGAAUUCACCCCACCGCCUCGACGCCAUUGGCUGGUUCGCGGACGGCGGUGGGACGCGAUUGGCCGGCGGCCUCUCCCCGCCCCGCGCCCUGGUUGGCCGGAGAGCACGGAGGGAGUUAAAGAGUCGGCGCCUGCCGUGGGCUCUGCGAGAGAUGCUAGAACUUCCACGCUGCCCGCGAAUGUAGGUACGUCCUCCGUGGCCCCAGGUCUGGACUCCUGCUUGGAGUUGGACGGCUCUGGUUUCCUGGCUCCAGACGUGCCUGGGGAGCUCGCCCGGGUGAGAAGGGGAGCAGAGAGAGAGAGGGACGCCUGGAAAUUGAGUGGUCGCUGGAAGUGACGUCUCUGCUGUUACCGAGGGAGCCCGCUCAACUUUGAUCUUCCAAAAUUUGCUUCCUGGGCUAUGGGAGAUGUCAGCGAAUUAAAAAUGCAAAUAACACCAGAAACUCCUGGAAGGAUCCCUGUUUUAAAUCCCUUUGAAAGUCCUAGUGAUUAUUCUAAUCUCCAUGAACAAACCCUUGCUAGCCCUUCGGUCUUUAAGUCCACAAAACUACCAACUCCAGGGAAGUUUAGGUGGUCUAUUGAUCAGCUGGCUGUUAUAAAUCCUGUAGAAAUAGACCCCGAGGAGAUUCAUCGCCAGGCUUCUUACUUGAGUCUUUCUCGAAUAGAUAAAGAUGUGGAAGACAAAAGACAAAAAGCCAUUGAAGAGUUUUUUACUAAAGAUGUUAUUGUGCCUUCUCCCUGGACUGACCAUGAUGGCAAACAGCCUCCAGAGCUUCAUCCCAGUAAAUGCCUAAAUAGCAAUAAUGAUUCUCCUGUUGGGAAAAAGCCAAGUCUCCCUCCUCAGAAAUGCAAUGCUGCCUGCCAAACUCUGCUGUCUCUGCCUGUGGAUUUUAAUUUGGAAGCCAUACUAGGAGACUAUUUUAGAGCGGAUGACUUUGUGGACCAAUCUCCUGGGAACCUCAGUUCUUCAUCUCUCAGAAGAAAGCUAUUUUUAGAUGUGAAUGGGAGCAUCUCUGACUCCUUACCUUCAGCUUCUCCCGGAAGUCCUCCCUGCAGUGCCCGAGGAUCUCUUGAGGGACAGUUUUCUUCCAGCCCCAUUCAGAACAGUGCAAAAAAGUACAGCUUGGGGAGCGUCAGUACCAGCCCAUCAGCCCUCUCCUCACCCACUUUCUCACCAAUCGCACUUAAAGUAGGAAAGACGCCGCGCUCAGAACCCAGGAGGUUUACAUUUCAUUCUCCCGAAGCUUCAUCUGGAGUGACUUCGACCGGGACUGCUAACCCGAGCAUCAGGAGCCCGUAUAUAGAUGGCUGCUCACCAAUUAGAAAUUGGUCUCCUUGGAGACUGAGAGGUGGCCCUCAGUGUUUGUCCUCACUGAUUCGGAUACCUUUUACUCUUGAGGCUCCCAGUGAAGAUGAAGAAGCCGACGUUUCCUCCACGGAUGUCACUCCACGAGGCACAAAGUCUGAGGCAGUUCCUCUCCAUCAGUUGAACUGUGAGACCUUGGCUUGUGGCGAGCCUCUAGUUGUCGCUGCCAUGUCUGUUACGCAGAGUCAGUCUAGUACUUCUGAGAAAGAGCGAGCACUGCUGGAGGAUGUGGAAAGUGAGAGGGAAAAUGACACCGUGGAUAUGGUCGAUCCGAUAGACACAGUAGGGGAAAGCACUUGGAUAAAAGAGCCAGUGGAUAAUGGGAAUUUAGCUAUGACUGAUUCUGUGAAUGGAAUUGCCUUCAGUAUUGAAAACUCUCAUAUGUGCAUGUCGCCUCUCGCAGAAAGCAGUGUGCUGCCCUGUGAAAGCAGUGCUAUUCAGAUGGACAGUGGCUAUAACACACAGACUUGUGGGAGUAAUAUCACUGAUAUUGUUGGGACAGAAAGCUAUUGCAAAGAAAAUGUCACACAGUCCUUUGAAGUGGAAAUGAAACCUCAAGUCAAUAACAUAACGCAAGGACACACAGUGCAGAGGUGCUGGAUGAAAUCUCCAGGCCCAUCUCAGUGCAGCAGCCCAUAGUCUCAAGACCAGCGACUGCUGCUCAGUCGCCCUUCCAUAUUUAUAAGGGGCUGCGAGUUAAUGUGAUGGUGAUUGACGGGUGUGCCCACUUCACGAAAUGUGCCUGCUUCCCUCCCUCCUUAAUGUGAAAGGCUGCAAAGGAAAUUAGUGACAGGACCAGAAACUCCAAGUUGUUAAAUUAUACAUUUAUUUUUUAAAAUCAAUAAAUAUUUUUAUAUUUGCUUCAAGUGGUUUAACAAAAA